AUGGUCACGGCAGAUAACCUGAAUCUCGACGUGCUCGAGUUAAUUUUUGCAUUCAUCUCCGGAAAUGAUCUCGUCGCUGUUUCGUCUGUCAGCAAGUCGUUCCUCGCUGGCGUUAUUCCGUGUUUGUAUGCCACGGUCUCUUUCACCGCAAAGCAUGCUAAACGAUAUAGGCCCGGAGGAGGGACAAUAUCACCAUUCCUCACCCUUCGCAAUCACCCCGAUCUAGCUGUGCAUGUUCGUCAUGUCAACAUACAUUGUGCACCAUUCAUCGCGGUUGGACAAGUGCACCCAAACUUCCUUUCGGAAACAGCAGAUGCGCUGCAGAUUUGCAAAAACUUGUUAUCAUUUGUAUGUGGCCCAAGGAUCCUCCCAGCCCUGCUCGGCUCCCUGCAGGGGAAGGAACGCUUGCAGGAUGUGCACAUUUAUGCCGCAUUUACAACAACGCAAGGGGAGAUGCUGCAAAAAAUGACAACACUACGUAGCUUGACUCUGGACUACCCGACCUGGAAUGUUAUAGAUUCGCUGACGAGAUGGGCACAUUCGCUGCAGCGGACACUUGCGCACCUCACGAUCUUUAUGUCUCAAGAAGUUAAUGGCGUAUUUUUGGAAGCCUUGCUCCCGCUACUGCCUCGUCUUCGUGGGCUGCACGUCGUUGGAUGUUCAAAGGCUCCUCACACAGCGGUCAUUAAAGCUACCACAACGCACACCCCAUCAUUGAAAGCGCUUUCUUUCACGAUAUUCGAAAAUACCCCUCCGUCGAACCUUUUCUGCCUGCCUACCAUCACCUUACCCAACCUGCGGCAUCUCGCCAUUGACGUGCGCCCGACGUCUGAUGCAACGGCUGCGAUAAUGCCAUCGCUCUUUAAUUCACUAACCUCCCUGUCUACACUUUUGCUCAAGUUUGCGGACCGUCAGCUCCCCAUAUGGAGCUCUGUUAUUGAUGGCAUUGCUCCGCCCAACGCUGUCACAAUGCCGUUGAAACGUCUUGCUCUCAUGGACUGUUCAGUCUCAAUCGACACGGUUAGAAAGCUGAGCUCGAGGUGCAAAGAUUUGGAAAUGCUGGAAAUACCGCUGCCAAUCAAAGACAUUCAAGCAUUUACUACAGCAAUAUCAAGUUUGAAAGAGUUGCACACUUUGACCGAUGUUGGCGAUGCCCACGCAAGCCACGGCCCGCGUGCGAGCUUGACAAGGAACGACGCGAGAUUCAUGAUGGAGUCGUGUGUGAGUUUAAAGACGAUAGUGAGUGAUGGGCGGAUGUGGACGGUGAGUUCUCGCAUUCUCCUUUGGCCGCAUCCUGUGCCAUCGCGCAUUGAGCUGACUAUACUACAGGGACGUCCGGAUUUUUUCCUCGGUGUGACGGUCACGCCCCAGCGAUACAAGGCCAACACCACACAACAUUGGUUCUCACCUUUAAAAACGGAUUCGAGUUAA